AUAGUUUAUUCAUUGACUAGUCAACGAUCAUAUACGAGUACUUAUUCGAGCGAGUAACUUGGAGUUUAAUUUCAGUAAUAAUAUCGAUCUACCGAUAAAAGUGCGUGUUUUUCAAGAUGUUAACUUACGAUGAAUUGGAUAAUAAAUCUAAAGAAUAUUUAACGAAAAAUUUCACCACUACUGUAAGAACAGGUUAUGUAAAAUGUAAAGGAUACCUAUUUCCUAAUACUUUUCAAAAUUUUGGUGACAAGAUCGAAAACAUGGAAAUUCGAGAUGACGAUAUUUGGGUGUGUACUUUUCCAAAAUCAGGAACGACGUGGGUUCAAGAAAUGACUUGGUGUAUUGCUAACGAGCUUGAUUUUGAAGCUGCUCGAGAAAAUCUCAUGGUUCGGUUUCCUUUUUUGGAAUUUUCAUCGAUGCGUGAUUCGAGUAAGAUUAAACCUGAAUAUGCAACUGCAUUACCUGUUAGCAGACGUUUUCUAUUGGAUUCGGUCGAUGAGAUCGAUAAACUAACUACUCGUCGAUUUAUAAAAACACACUUGCCUUUCGAGUUACUGCCAAAAAAAUUGAGAAAUUUUUCAACUCAAGCUAAAAUAAUAUACGUAGUGAGAAACCCGAGGGAUACUCUAAUCUCAUAUUACCAUCACUGUAAACUAAUAGAAAGUUUCAAAGGAACUUUACCCGAAUUCGUGGAAUUAUUUUUCGAUGGCAAUGUACCUUUUGGACCUUAUCCUGAACAUGUAAAAGGGUAUUUGGCCCAUAUCAAUAAUCCCAAUGUAUUAUACUUACAAUACGAAGAGAUGAAAAAGGAUUUGAGAUCUGUGAUUCACAAGACUGCAGAUUUUAUUGGAAAGAUUAUCAGUAAAGAUGAAGCUGAUCAGCUUCUGGACCAUUUAUCCUUUUCAAGCAUGAAGAAAAAUUCAGCAGUUAAUCACGAAUCAGUCGUCGAAGCGAAGAAAAAACAUAAUUUGUCUGUAAAAGAUGGCCAUUUUAUGCGUCGUGGGAUAGUUGGAGAUUGGAAAGAGGCCAUUGAUGCUACAUUAUUCGAACGAUUUGAGAAAUGGGAAAGAGAAAAUUUGAAUGGAAUCAACUUCACAUAUUCUGUUUAAAAAAUUUGCAAUCGAGAGUACCUAACCUACCUACCUACCUACAGAAAAUUUUUCGAUUAUUUUGUCCUGAGAAUGAAAAUUUGUUGACGAAUUUAGAUUAGAACUUAUAAGCAGAGCUCGUUUGUUUGGCAAACUUUUAAACAAAAAGAGGACUUUUUAUGCAACCAAGGCCAAAAUUACGACCAUUUGACUAUUUUAUCAAAAAACUACUUCCUCAGAAUUUUGACGAAAAAUAGGAAUUUUUUGGUCUAUUUUGGCACCACUGUAUGACGAUUUUGGUAAAAAUUGGCUAUCUUGGAUUUUACUAAAACAAUGAAAACUUAUUGACAACUUUGAAAAAAAUUGAUCUUUUCUGACAAUUGUGCCAAAAAUGGACCCUUGAACAGCUGUCCCAAAAAAUGGAAACUUUUUAAUAACUUUUCCAAAAAUUGACACUUUUUGACAAUUCUGCCAAAAGUUGACACUUUUUGAUAACUCUGCCAAAAAUGGCACCCUUUGACAAUUUUAUCAGAAAUGGACAAUAUUUGGCAAUACCUAUUGACAAAAAAUGGCUGCUUUUGGACAAUUAUGCCAAAAAUGGAAACUUCUUAACUAUUUUGCCAAAAAUUGACACUUGUCUUUUUCACAAUUUCAUCAAAAAUGGACACUUUUUGGCAAUUUUCUGCCAAAAAUUGAUAAUUUUUGACAACCCUGCCAAAAGUUGCCACUUUUUGACAACUUUGCCAAAAGUUGACACUAUUUGACAACUCUCAAAAAUUGACAUCCUUUGACAAUUUUACCAAAAAUGGACAAUAUUUGGCAAUGUUGACAAAAAAAAUGGCUGCUUUUGGACAAUUAUGCCAAAAAUGGAAACGUCUUGACUAUUUUGCCAAAAAUGGACGAUUUUAAACAUUUUUUCCAAAAAUUGACACUUUUUGACAACCCUGCCAAAAAUUGACACUUUUUGCCCUGCCAAAAAUUGCCACUUUUUGACAACUUUGCCAAAAAUUGACACUCUGUCACAAUUUUACCAAAAAUGGACAAUUAGUAUUUGGCAAUGUUGACAAAAAAUGGCUGCUUUUGGACAAUUAUGCCAAAAAUGGAAACUUCUUGACAAUUUUACCAAAAAUUGAUGCUUUUAAACAUUUUAUCCAAAAAUUGACACUUUUUGACAACUUUGUCGUGAAUUAACCCUUUUUGACAACUCUGCUAAAAAUUUACACUUUUUGACAACUUUGCCAAAAGUUGACACUAUUUGACAACUCUGUCAAAAAUUGACACCCUUUGACAAUUUUACCAAAAAUGGACAAUAUUUGCCAAUGUUGACAAAAAAUGGCUGCUUUUGGACAAUUAUGCCAAAAAUGGAAACUUCUUGACUGUUUUCCCAAAAAUUGGACGAUUUUAAACAUUUCCUCCCAAAAUCGACACCAUUUGACAACUCUGCCAAAAAUUGACACUCUGUCACAAUUUUUUCAAAAAUGAAUGCUUUUUGGCAAUUUUGAGGAAAAUGGACACUUGGACAGCUGUGCCAAAAAUGGAAACUUUUUGACAUUUUUACCAAAAAUUGACGCUUUUAAACAUUUUUUCCAAAAAUUGACACUUUUUGACAUCCUUGCCAAAAAUUGACACUUUUUGACAACUCUGCCAAAAAUAGACAAUAUUAGGCAAUUUUGGCAAAAAUUGACACAUUUGCACAAUUAUGCCAAAAUUGGAAACUUCUUAACUAAUUUGCCAAAAAUUGACACUUUUUCACAAUUUCAUCAAAAAUGGACACUUUUUGGCAAUUUUUACAAAAAUGAACACUUUUGUACAAUUGUGCCAAAAAUGGAAACUUCUUGACUACUUUUCCAAAAAUUGACACUUUUUGAUUUGAGAAAAGACAAAAAAAAAAAAAAAACAAAAAAAACGGUUUGUAACAAAAAGAGGGCUUUUUUAAACAAAUAAGGCAAAAAUCAAUUGUUUGGAUUUUUGGGAUGUGGGUGGGGUACAAAAAAUUAUCGACUCACAACUUUCAACGUGCCCCCGCCUCCUCAAAAAAAUAUAUUACAAAAAAUCCUGCUCAUAAUAAGCUAUAAUAGGCUUGGAUUGUGUUUUUUUUUAAAUAAAAAAUUUAAAAAUGAA